CAUCAUGGAAAGUGUUCUAAAUUGCCCAGAUUGUUUUCAUGAAUUUGAGGGGGGAAAUCGGCACAAUCAGGUCAGUCAAUCCAGCCCAGCGACUACGACUUCCGUCUUUUUGUAGUCGCCAUUUUGGUUUGAGAGUUGAUCAACGCGUUAGCCAGCAAGCUGGCCUGACCUCCGGUGCAAGAAAAUCAGAGAACUGGAGGAGUACAGGUGGCCCUGGAGGUUCCCAUUUUCGAAGUGUACUAUUUUCAUGAGCUGUGCACAAUUCUACCGCUGUGUUUUGUCACUCGUCCCCCAGCUAGCAGCUCUGCGGUGCAGAUGAACGAGCUAACUAGAUAGCUUGGCUAGCUAACUGUGGAGCUGCUGAGCACCGGCGUUGAGGGGAGCAUCACCGCCAAUCUGCAUGUCCCGCCAGCCCCUCUGUUUUUUAUUUUAGCCAUUAAUGUCGUGAGAUAACCCCUGUAAAGUUACUCUUCUGGCUUAUUGCAAGGAGAUAAUGUAUCAGCUCCCGGUGAACAAUCUUACAAGAAUCAGGAGAGCCAGGAAACAAGUGAAAAAAGCCCUCGGUGACAUUGGACUUGAGUUCUGCAAGGAGGCAGCAGAGGAGUUCAAAGAGUUUUGCCCUAAUGAGCAGUUUGUGAAGGGCACGCUUUGCCUUGAUAUCUGCGCCUGGGAUCCAUCAUACUCUAAAACACAGGAAUACAGAUCAAAGCCAUUUUGCUGCACAGAGUGUCCAUUUUCUUCCAAAUUCUACUCAGGCUACAAGAAUCACUUCCGUAAUGUGCACAGGAAACUCUUGGACAGUAAAAUCCUGCUCAACUGUCCAUACUGCACGUUUACUGCAAGCAAGAGAACUUUGGAGACGCAUGUUAAAAUAUUCCACAUACCCAAUUCAACUCGGCACAAUUAUGGAAGCUCACAGGGAGCUGCGCUGGGGAAAGCUUAUCUUGAUAGAUACAAACAGGGAAACGGUGUGGAGAAAGCAAUGUAUUUCUGCAAAAAAUGCACAUUUCGGGACACGCUAUACAAUGUGGUGAGAAGGCACAUCUACAGGGAACAUUUUCAGCAUAUUGUCUCACCAUAUCUUGGUAUGGUUUCUGAGUCAUCUGUGAAAAAUGGUGCUAGCUCUGUUGUUGGCAACAACAUCCUCUGUAAAAGAUGCCAGUUUACCACUCGUACCUAUGAGGCUCUGGUCCAGCAUGUUAUUGAGUACCAUGAGCGCAUUGGUGCCCAAGUAACAACCAUGAUUGGACAUGCUAACAUUAUCGUCUCCAAGCCUCAGUCUUUACCAGUCAUGUCACAGAAGCCUCCUCUAGUUGUCAGUAGACCUCAAACACUUAGACCUGAACCAAAUGCACAGCAAGUAAUUGGCUAUUUAAAGCCAGUAGGCCCGGUUAUUAAAAGUCAGUCUCCCAUUAUAGGCAGUCAGGUGCGUGCCACUGUUCCAGUACAGAGGAACAGUACAGCAGUUGAAAAUGCUGGUACUGGUGUAAACACAGCCCAAACACAGAAGUGGAAGAUAUGUACAGUUUGCAAUGAGCUUUUUCCUGAAAACUUAUACAGUGCUCAUUUUGAGAAUGCACACAAGGCGAAAAAAGUGUGGGCGCUUGCCAAGUACAUCAUGAAAAUCCACAACUUUACCAGCAAAUGUUUGCUUUGUAACCGCUACCUGCCCAGUGAUACACUGCUAAAUCACAUGCUAAUCCAUGGCUUAACCUGUCCACAAUGUCACUCUGCUUUCCACAAUGUUGAGAAAAUUAUGGAGCAUACAGCUCAGGCACACCCUGAGGAGUUUAUUGGACCCCCUGGUGCAUCGCCUCUAACCUUUGACCUCACCAUUAAACAAGAGAAGUCCAGUAAUGUACAGCUUGCUGUUCUUACUUUUAACAUGAAGGAACCCAUCAAUGGUCAAGAUCAGUCGACGCCUGUUCAGAAUAGUCUUCCACAUCUUGUCAAACUACCUGAUCCUAGAGGGACCGAUAAGAAAAGUGAACAUCUUGCAGGAAGCAUCCCUUCACUAAUGCAAACAAGUGAGAUUGGGAAGACUGUGUGUCCGCUGUGUUUCACCAUUCUCAAAGGGCCUAUCUCCGAUGCUUUGGCCAUGCAUCUGAGAGAACGGCAUCAAGUCCUUCAAACAAUACAUCCAGUUGAGAAAAAGAUGACGUACAAGUGCAUUCAUUGCUUAGGGGUGUACACCAGCAACAUGGUGGCUUCCACAAUUACGUUGCAUCUUGUGCAGUGCAGGGCUGUUGGUAGGAACCAAGCAACCCAAAACUUUAAACCUGGCUUGACACUUAACUCCUCUGGGGCUGGCUAUCUUAAGAGGCAGCCAUCAACACAGGCUAUGUCUAACUCCAAGAGGAUAAAGCUGGCCAAGGAUGCUAAGACGACUUCCACCAUCUUUGGAAAGAAGGCUGAAUCUGAUGGGCUUGCUCUGGAUCCUAGAAGCUAUGAACACAAGACUUAUGAGGCCAGGAAAAAUUUCCUGACUGCCUACUUCAACCGGCGACCGUACCUUUCUUCUUCUGAAGAGGACAAGCUGUCGGCGAGUCUGUGGCUGUGGAAAUCCGACAUCGCUACACACUUUGCAACCAAGCAAAGCACGUGCGUGAGAAACUGCAAGACCAAGAAGGUGUCGGUGCUGCUCGGCUUUGACAUGCAAGCUCUAAAGAAAGUUAAGCAUAACUUGAAUUUUGAGGAAAGCAAAAUUGUUGGUACCUCUGCUAAGAAGGCCGUAGGCAUCAGUUGUCGUACUCCAAAGACGGACCAAAACAAACACAGUGAGACACUAAAUUGUACCUUAAAACUUAGUACGUGCACAGAGACUAUUUCCAUAGACUCUGACAGUGAAACAAACACAGAUGACAGACCCACUGAGAAUGGAGAUAUCGAUGUAAAUGCGCACGAGAGUUUCCAAUCCAAGGAACCAUUAAACAUGACUGAAGAAACAAAACCUGCAGAUAAUGCUUCUAGAGAGAUGGAGAUUUCUUUGCAAGAUGGGAAUGCAAGCCUUGCAGUGUGCCUUGGUUGAGUAGUAAAGGGGUGUAUUAAAACAAAGAUGACUCAACAGUUACAAAUAGUAGACCAGAAUGUGUGGGUCACUAAAUCAGCAGCUGAUUUUUUUUUUCUGAACAGUGUUGAAACGAAAUAAACAGCAUUAUGUAGGUAGUGUUGUGUAUAUAUUUUUAGCCAUUGCUCCUUGUUAGUUUCUUCAUGCACAUCUGUAUCACUCACUGGUUUGCUGUCACACCAUAUAAGAAAUAUGUAAA